GUUCAACGAAAUGAUUCUUCAGACGUCAUUGAUCACGUGCUGCUGAUAAAGGGACUCUGCUUUGAAUUAUACCGCUUAGCGACUUCAGUACAUGCCUCAUAGCUCCAGUCUCAAACUUAACCCCGUUCCUGAUGAUGAAGAAGAGGUGGUCUGCCUGCUGGAUGGAGAAAGACGCUCUCGUGGAAGAGGAGGCUGUUACAAUACAAAAACAAGUAGAGGUUGAGGCUGUUAUCGUGAAAGAAGAAGAGAAAGAGGUCUCAGUUAAAGAAGAGGAAGACUCGUUCAGAGUCAAAGUGAAAGAAGUGGAGGGGGAAGUGACUGUCACAUCGAAAAAUGAAGAAGAGGAGGAAACUGGAUAUCUGGGCCCGGUUUCCCAAGCGCAUCUUAAGGCGUCGGAUGGUUCUAACGAUGAACGGGCCCUGAUUAACACGAGAGAGAGACGUGACUAUAGUGGAUCCUCUGGGGGGCCUCAACAACCUCAUGAUGCUAACGAGGCAGAGGCGAGUCUCUCCACUUCAAAACACCUCAAGAAACACCAGCAGAGACCCACAGGGAAGAAAUCUCAUUGCUGCUCUGACUGUGGGAAAGGUUGCAAAUCUUCAUCAGAACUUAAAAUACACCAGAGAACACACACAGGAGAGAAACCUUAUAGCUGUGGUCAAUGUGGGAGGAGUUUUACCACAUCUAGCGGUCUGACAUUACACCAGAGAACACACACAGGAGAGAAACCUUAUAGCUGUGAUCAAUGUGGGAGGUGUUUUGUUCAAUCUAGCCAUCUGACUGAACACCACAGAACACACACAGGAGAGAAACCUUAUAGCUGUGAUCAAUGUGGGAGGAGUUUUGUUAAAUCUAGCCAUCUGACUGAACACCACAGAACACACACAGGAGAGAAGCCUUAUAGCUGUGGUCAAUGUGGCAGGACUUUUACUAGAUCUAAUGGUCUGACAAUACACCAGAGAACACACACAGGAGAGAAAUCUUACAGCUGUGAUCAAUGUGGGAGGAGUUUUGUUCAAGCUAGCCAUCUGACUCAACACCAGAGAACACACACAGGAGAGAAACCUUAUAGCUGUGAUCAAUGUGGGAAGAGUUUUGUUCAAGCUAGCAAUCUGACUCAGCACCAGAGAACACACACAGGAGAGAAGCCUUAUAGCUGUGAUCAAUGUGGGAGGAGUUUUACUACAUCUAGCAUUCUGACAGUACACCAGAGAACACACACAGGAGAGAAACCUUAUAGCUGUGAUCAAUGUGGGAGGAGUUUUGUUCAAGCUAGCCAUCUGACUCAACACCAGAGAACACACACAUGAGAGAAACCUUAUACUUGUGAUUUAUGUGGGAGGAGUUUUGUUCAAGCUAGCAAUCUGACUCAACACCAGAGAACACACACAGGAGAGAAACCUUUUAGCUGUGAUCAAUGUGACAAGAGAUACUCUGAUAACAGAUCUCUGAUCAAAAAGUCAGAAAAUACAUGCAUGAAGAAGUUGUUUCAUGAUAUCACUGAAAUAAUGUCACAAUGUAGAAUGUUUUAACAUUGUAGUAGGAGUAUUUUAAUGAUGUCACAAUGUAGAAUGUUUUAACAUUGUAGGAGUAUUUUAAUGAUGUCACAAUGUAGAAUGUUUUAACAUUGUAGUAGGAGUAUUUUAAUGAUGUCACAAUGUAGAAUGUUUUAACAUUGUAGUAGAAGUGUUUUAAUGAUGUUCUACCUUAUCGUUUACCCUGUUCAAUUGAUUGCAGCAUGAUAUGGAUAUUAGCCUCAGGGGAAAAUCCAGGCUCUGAAUUGAAAUAUUAUUUAACAAAGUGAGUAACAAAAAAAUAGCUGUGUUACCCUUACUGCGUUGGUGACCCACUUUAAUCAAAAUGCAGCACUUCAAAAUGUAGCUAGCUGUUUUCUACUAGUUGAAAAAGCUGCUUGUUUAAAAAAAUACAUGUAAUAUAAUAAUUGUUGCAGAUGUUUGUAUUUUCACACAUGAAAGCAGUAUAAUAAAUUGGACUAUAAUCAAUUUGAUUAA